AUGAAUGGCGAGGAAGUUCCGUCCACGGCGGAUUUCGUGAAAUACCUCGCCAUCUUAACUGGUAACAUUGGUAACUUCAUAUGCGAAGUGAACGUCGACUGCAACAUCAAUGUUCAAAACAUGGCCGAUUGCGAGACCGGAAAUCCCAUCCAGCCUCUCAUUUACUUCGCUAUCAACGCGAUGGUGAACUUCUAUGACUGGCAGGCUGCAACUCGUGCUGCUCUACAAACACAAUGGAUUACUUUCACCGGCAAGGCCGAUGCAAUGGUGCAGGACUUCACGGACCACGAUAUCGAUGAGGACAGCACCAGUAGCUUCCUCACCAUCGUGGGCGCGGUUUUCAGCGCUGUAGCGCCUUUUGUUGCGGAGAACCCGGCGCUUGAUUUCAUCACUGGUGCUGUCGCUGGCGGAAUUGGCGUCGGGACCAGCAUUCUGGGUGCCACUCAGCAGGAUGCAGCCCAAAUGUGGGUAAUCCACGACUUCAAUAUCUCUAUUUCUUCGCAAGCUAACAUAAAUAGUCUCCAACAAGAAUUCACGAACAUUGCUACUCUCGAGGAUGCUAUUUACAACAUCACUAAUAUCACGGACCGGGCUAUCGAAAGCCUCGCUGUCGGGGUCCUGAACACUGUGCCGGACAACUCAAACUCAGAAAAUGGCGCGCAAUGGAACUCCUUAGCCAGUAGUGCUCCACAGGUCCUUGCGGGUGGUGCUUUUGCUGAGCCGAUGACGUGGGACGAAUACGAUACAACCGCAUCUGACUUCUUCAGCAAAAUUGCGGUCUACGCUAUAAAUCAGUGCUGGCAAAUGGAAUCGGUUUUCAUCGCUAAAGCUAGCGUCGCGACAGGCGAUGUGAUGCCUAAAGAUAUGAUACUGGAUGCGUUGGGCUCAACUAGUCGCGUUUGUGACCCGGCUGGUGGUGAUCUUUGCUAUUUCUUCGUCGUGGCCCAAGAUACCUCUCACACCGAUUUCCGGGAUGAUUGGUUACAAGCCAAGGGUGUGGACAAAACCAGCAACUAUGGUGUUGACGCCUGGACGUUUUGCCAGGCUGCUGAGUGGUAUCAGGCCAAGUACGGCUCUUACCUGAUGGAGCCUGUGGACGCCAAUGACUUUUUGUCCGACUUCCAAAACAGCGAUGACCAACCCCCUGGCGGCCUCUAUGUCAACCUGCCUGUCGUUGUCUAUGACAAUGCUCCCCAGACUACUGUAAAUACAUUUGGAGAGUCGUGGGGCGUCGAGGCCAUGUUCCUCGACAAUCUCUCCACCUACGUCGGGCAGCUCAAUGGCUGGCCUUAUGACAGCCAUAUGGGACCCGCGGAUACAUAG